AUGUUCAUACCGGAGUUCAAGGACCAACUCUCGACUCAGCCGCAGUCCGACCGCCUUCAUGACUACCUUUACCCACCAACGUACAGAGUACUCUCCGGAUAUUUUGAGAAGGGUAACCUCGAAAUCAAAGUCGAUAGAGAUGCUUCGAUUGAUACUCCCGGACUGCCCUACGAGACUGCAACGGCUCUCCACGGCGAGCUUCUGAAGGAGUUGGAACCUGUGCACUUUUCAUCUCAGGAUCUUUCAUUCCCGGCGGCUCCCGCAUCUGAUGACCAUCCCGCAUCUGAUGACCAUCCACGAUACCACGGCCCAUUGGAUCUUUUCACCAGUGAUGGCCGACACCUCUUCUGCAAGGGUUUCACCUUGCCUGCUGGCCAGGCACGUGAAGCCACCCUCGAGGCUCUAGACACGCACGGCCGGAUUGAACUGAAAAUGCGGGAGGAGACUUUGCCACAAGACCUGCCCGUCGCGCGACUUUGUGGACUCUGGAUCGAUAAACAGGACGAUAUCCCUGCAAUCUAUCAAGGUGGCGUUGACGGGGAUCGUCUCUUAGGCCUUCUGUUCGACUACAUCCCGCCUUUGCGACAGAACGAGCCAAGCACUCUGGAAGACAUGCCUUAUUUCUACCUCUGGCUUCACGGCGACAGCAUUUAUCGCCAAGUUCGGGAAACAGUCGGUUAUCUGCACGACGCGGGUAUCACGUGGGGUGGCGCGAAAGCAAGCAAUGUCCUGAUCGGCAAGCAGAACAAGGUGUGGCUUCUUGGUUUUGGACAACCUGCUGGAGGCGAAGGGGAACACACUGCGCCGAGUAGUGCCCUCGAUGCUGACAAGGAGGGCCUGGCGCAGAUCCAUGACUAUAUUGCCACGGAAGUAUUUGGUAGAACAGACAAUUGGUUCAUGAGCUAG